UGCGGCAACAUGGGCGUGUUUGACCGCGGAGUUCAGAUGCUGCUGACCACGGUGGGGGCCUUCGCCGCCUUCAGCCUGAUGACCAUCGCCGUGGGGACAGACUACUGGCUGUACUCGCGCGGCGUCUGCAAGAUCAAGAGCACCAACGAGAACGAGACCAGCAAGAAGAACGAGGAGGUGAUGACGCACUCGGGCCUCUGGAGGACCUGCUGCCUGGAAGGUUCUUUUAAAGGCAUGUGUAAGCAGAUAGAUCACUUUCCUGAGGAUGCCGACUAUGUGGCGGAUGCUUCCGAGUACUUCCUACGCGCUGUCCGAGCCUCCAGUAUCUUCCCCAUCAUGAGUGUGAUCCUGCUCUUCAUGGGGGGGCUGUGCAUCGCCGCCAGCGAGUUCUACAAGUCACGCCACAACAUCAUCCUCAGCUCCGGCAUCCUCUUCGUCUCAGCAGGCCUCAGCAACAUCAUAGGAAUCAUUGUGUACAUAUCAGCCAACGCCGGGGACCCUUCCAAGAGCGACUCCAAGAAGAACAGCUACUCCUACGGCUGGUCCUUCUACUUCGGCGCCCUCUCCUUCAUCAUGGCCGAGAUGGUGGGCGUGCUGGCCGUGCACAUGUUCAUCGACCGCCACCGGGAGCUGCGCGUGGGGGCGCGGGCCGCCGACUACCUCCAAGGCGCGGCCAUCACGCGCAUCCCGAGCUACCGCUACCGCUACCGGCGCCGCUCACGCUCCUCGUCCCGCUCCACGGAUCCCUCGCACUCCCGCGAGGCGUCGCCGGUGGGGCUGAAGGCGUUCGGGGCGCUGCCGUCCACCGAGCUGUCCAUGUACACGCUGCCCAAGGGCCAGACGGGCACGCCGACGGCCACCUAUAACUCCACGGAGAGGGACCACAACUUCCUGCAGGUCCACAACUGCAUCCAGAAGGACCUGAAAGACAGCAGCAACACCGCCAACCGACGCACCACACCUGUAUGAAACUGAACGAGGGACCUCAGACACUUUAAAGAAUUAGAGGGAACUUUUUUGGGGGGGGUGGGGGUGACGGCAAAAGACGGACGUACGGAGACGGAAGAGGGCUUAAAAUGGAUAGAUGGAGUGAGGGGUAAGAAGGGAAGCUCUGAG